AUGCAGGCGGCGGACGCAGCCGCCGGCGCGAGCGGCGCGGCGGGCGGCUCCGAGGGCCCGGGCCGCAGGGGUGGCCCUGGCGGCCGGGGCCGCCCCCGCGGCGCGGGCGCUGCUGCCGUAGCCACCGCGGGCGUUCCGCCUGUGGCGCCGGCCCAGCGCACUUCGGAAGCGGACGGAGACCCCGCGUCCGCAGCCAAAAGGCCACGGAGCCGACCACACGUCUUCGCCCUAAGCGUACCGUUCCCGUCCUCCUGGGAGGCAGAGAUCGCCCGCGGCUCGCUGGCCCCAGAUGCUGAACCCCACCGGGGGGCGGUUGGGAAGGAGCUCACAGUGAGCGGCAGCGACCUGGCCGUCCACUGGAGAGCUGACGAUUCCCGCCUCCUCCGAAUUUCCAUCGUAAACUUUCUUGACCAGCUUUCCCUGGUGAUUCGGACCAUGCAGCGCUUUGGGCCCCCUGUUAGCCGCUAAGCCAGGGCUGGGGAGAGGGGCCAAGGUCUGCCCUUGUGUCCCUCCCCAGACAGUGCAGCCCUCCUGGGGCAAGCGACUCCUGCCAGAAUUGCCACUUUAUUAUGGGGGCUUCAUCUUUUGCCCGUACUGGCCCUUGCGCACUCAGGAUCCGCUUAUUUGUUUGGUGCUUAAAUGGUUCGUAACCACAGAAAAUAAAACUGAGCUUCGAGGCUA